AUGGCACAGUUUCUCGAUCUCCCAUUCGAGUUACGCUCGACAAUCUGGUUGUUGACCAUCGAGCCGCGAACCGUCGAGAUUCGUUUCGAGAUCGAUAGAUUCUCCGUUGGCCAACGGCGCCGCGCCAGACGUUUUGGCUUUGGUUGUUUUCAUGGAGGCCUUAGUGUUUUGUAUGUCUCUUCGCCCACGCCGGUGCCAGCCGCACUUCAUACCUGCCACGAAGCCCGCAGUCUCCUCGCAAGGCAUUACCAGAAAGCCUUUACCUAUGGCACUGAACCUCGCUAUGUUUGGGCCAACCUCGACAUGGACAUAAUUUCCAUCGGCAGAUCCAGCCUUGUCUGGACCGAGCCAGAAGCGCCACACAUUCGUCGGCUAAAAUUUGCCCGCGAGUGUGACGGACACUAUGUCCUUGAAGCGACUGCAGAGCUGGGCUUCUUUUGCAAUGUGCAAGAAAUCUACGUUGUCUGUCUCGAUGGGCCAGAGGCUUGGUAUCACCCGGAAGACCCCUUCUACUGGCCAUGCCCGAGAGAGAAUGUGUGGCUCAUUAAUACAGAGACUAAUGAGAUGGUAACUGUGGCCGAGAAUCAUAAAAGAGUUGAGAGAUGUCACCAGGAAGCACGACGUCAAGAAGCAGAAGAAGAGGCACUGCAAGGAUUAGAAUUGGCUGGUGCUGCGGAUACUGACUGA